AUGGACCUAACCAACAGAUUUGAUUCGCUGCGUUCUUUGACUAGUGUUCUAGAUAUUGGAACUCCACAGAAAAAGGAAUACUUUCUUUGUGCAGAAACUCCCAGCGCUGCAAGAGCAUGGGUAUCCACUUUACAUGCGACUCAGUUGGUACUACAGGCUCAUAAGGAGGCUGUGAAUUCAUUGGGUGAGAAUGGUCCUGCAAAAUUGGGAACAGUUGCAACUAUUGUGGCUGUAGCCAAUGCCACGGCAAUUGAAGCAACAAAGGAGGUACAGGCUGCAAUGAAGAUUUCCCUGCGGGCAACUUUGGGCUCAACUACAAAUAAACUUACCAAAGGCCAAUUAGAUGAUCUCACAAUAAUGAUGGAGACCCUUCGAGUUAAAGAUGACGAACUCCACCAGUUGUUGCAGGAUAUUCGUGCACGUGAUUCUACCGUCAAUGAAAUUGCAGAAAAGUUACAGGAGACUGCAGAAGCAGCUGAAACUGCUGCUUCUGCAGCACGUUCAAUUGAUGAAGAGAGAAGAUUUUUUACGUCAGAACUUGAACGUCUGAAACAAGACCAUGAGAAACAAGUUGAAGCAUCUUUGCUUAGGUUAAGGGAAUUGGAGGAGAAAGCAAAGCUUCUUGUUGAAAAGAGAGAUCAAGCAGCUGUUGUCAGAGCUGAAGAGAAAGCUAGGGUCUCAGCAGCUGAUGCUGACAUCCGCAUAAAAGAAUCCAUGAGCCGAUUUGAGUCUGCCAUCAAAGAAAAGGAGGAUCUCCUAGCCCUUGUGGAUGCUCUACAAUCUCAAAUACAAAGUUGCAAGUUUCUCAAACUAGAUUCUUUUAGAGAUAGCUUAAUGGGAGAUUACAUGUUUUCCAGGCAAGAGACUAGCACAAUACAGGUUUGUGAAGAGAGCUCGGAGCUCUGCACUACUGCUUCGAAGCACAAGGAAGACGAUAAUGUUGAUAAAGCUUGCGUAAGUGAUACAGAUCCAAUACCAGUUACGGAGAACAUUGUUGAGUUGGACGACGAGGGAGUUGAUAUCCCUACAGUCGGGGACACUGAGUGGGAUAAUCCCCAUUCUUCUGAAGUGUCUGAUGUAAGGGAAGUAACCACAGAACCUGAAGAAAACAGCUUGGAUAUUCCUGUUGAUACUUGA